AUGGACCGAUCAAGUGAUGACGAUGAAGAUGCGGAGUUGGACCUCAAGCUCCUGGCGAUCAACGAUGACGACGUGCGUCAGACCACCUACAAGCAGACUGGCAAGUGCAAGAGUGAAGCAAGCGCUGGUAGGUCACGGUCAGCUCACCAUCGAACUGGGUUGGAACAAGCAAGUGCGCCGGCUCACAUCUCCAACCGUCACGAGAAACGACGAUCAAGUGCUCCCAAAACGAAGUCUGAUGACGAAGAAGAUGCAAGCGUCUACGAUCAAGAUGACGACUCGACGCCUCAAACACUUUGGCGUGCGAGUGCAAAUGCAGUGGAAGCAACGGACCUAGCAGAACCUGUUACUUUCCAAUACGCAAUCAACCGGUCCUGA